AUGACCCUCACAUCGGAUCUCAAAGUUUGUCAAGUAUGUAAGGACGCGCAGCACAAAUACGUCUGCCCUAAGUGCAGGCUUCUCUACUGUUCUCUUCUUUGUUACAAGCAGCACAACUCGGAGUGUGUGGCAGCAUUUCAUGAAGAGGAGUUUGCUGCUGCUGCUGCAGCAGCAACCCCAACGCUGCACGAGCAGCGGGAGUUUAAUAAGAAGCUAACACGCUUCUAUAGGCAGCAGCAGCAGCAGCAGCAGCAAGAUGAUGAGGAAGAAGAGCAGCAGCAGCAGCAGGAAGCAGCAGAGCAGCAGCAAGCGAUCGAGGGUUUAGGGUUUGGGUCCAGCGAAGAAGAAGAAGCAGCAACAGACGACGAAGACUCCCCACAGCAGCAGCAGCAGCAGCAGCAGCAGGAGCAUAAGCAGCAGCAUAUAAGCAAGGAGCGGCUGCAGCAGCUGCAGCAGCUAGCAGCAGCAGGAACCCUCGAUCUGCAGCACCUAACAGCAAAAGAAUCUGCUGCUUUUUUUGCUGCCCUCAAACGCGGAGAGUUAGCGCAGUAUCUGCAGCCUUGGAAACCCUGGUGGCUAUCCGUAGAGCUGCCAUCUGUAGAAACCCCUGCGCAUAUUUGCUGUCGCCCCACUCGGCCAGACCCUCGGCUUGCAAUGACACUGAUGCAAGUGGUGUUUGCCUAUGCGCACUAUAUGCGUACUUUCAAUGGAGCCUUCGAAGAGGGGGAAGUGGAAGAAGCUGCAGGUCACUUCUUAGCCAUUGCUCGAUGUGGGUUCAGAGCGGACGCCAGUGCUGUGGAGCUGUGCGCUCAUUUUGAGGAGUCGAAAGACCCGCCGCCUUCCUCCGCCAUUGCUGCUGUGGAUCAGGUGCUUGAAUGGGCUGCCCAGCCUUCUGUGGGUUGCGCGGCGGCGGCGGUUUCGUCCUCCUUUGAGUUGCACGGAUGCGGCAUUUUCGGAGUUAUAAAGGCAGAGUUCGUGCUGCGGAAGUUAGGGUUUUUGCUCUCUGCUGUCUUCUUUCAUUGGGAAGAGCAGCAGCAGCAGCGGCAGCAGCUGCUGAAGGCGCUGCAGCAACGGCGAGGCAUGCUGCAGCAGCUGCAGCAAAUCAAAAAGAAGAGGGAAGAAGCAAAAGCGGCAGCUCGUACUUUGGAUGCAUGCGGCAGCAGCACUCUUGCUGCAGCAGCUCAGGCCCGCAGGUUCUGUGAGCCGCCAGUUGUAGUGCAAAGCAGCAGCAGCACCAGCAGCAGCAGCAGCAGCAGCAGCAGCAGCAAUGUGGAGGAGAGCUUUAAGAGGGAGGCGGAGUAG